AUGGCGAUGCAAGGGUUUAUGGGGAAUCAGUGGCGGAUUGGAUGUUAUCAUAUCGGAAAUGGAGAACUUGGUUGGCAGCUUGAAGAUGAUUAUCGAUGGUGUGAAGCUUUGAACUUUGAUUUUCUUCCCACGACUAUGAGUGUUGUUGUAACUCUGAGCAUUAAGAGCUUGAAGAAAAGGAGCAUCAACAAGAAACGGUAUUUGUAUGGCUAUUUUGUUGUUAUUUCUUCGACUGAUAUGCAGGGGAAAUUUAGAGAUAGACAGCAGCAUUGGACUGUUCCGAACAACAGCAUAGCAGGGAUAGUUUUUGAGUGGUUUGGGCAGGUUUUAGCAAGGAUUUGGCAAGUUUUCAUUUGCAAGCUUUAA